GUCUAGCCGGUUCCGGUUCCGGUCCCACUGUGCGCGCGCAGUCAGAGAUGAAGCUGCUAACCCACAACCUGCUGAGCUCCCACGUGCGUGGGGUGGGGCCCCGGGGCUUCCCUCUGCGCAUCCAGGCCACCGAGAUCCGCGUGAGCCCCGUGGACUUCAACCCGGAUUUCGUAACGCGUAUGAUCCCUAAGAUGGAGUGGACGGCGCUGGUGGAAGCGGCCGAGAGCCUAGGACACCUGUCCGAGUUGCCUAGGCAGUUGGCCGAGGGCUACGAAAAGGAUGAAGAGUUUCUGCGCAAGGUGCACCAUGUGCUAUUGGAGGUGGAGGUAGUGGAAGGCACCCUGCAGUGCCCAGAAUCUGGACGCCUGUUCCCCAUCAGCCGAGGCAUCCCCAACAUGCUGCUCAGUGACGAGGAGGCCACGUGCUAGCCUGGAACCUCCCCCCUACCCCCCCCCCCAUUGUGGCCACUUUGGCUUUCCACACCACACAGAGCCCCGGGGGUGGUAUGAUUGCUGUUAUAUUUUUUUUUUCCUCAUUAAAGGUUCAAAACCGAA